GCAGAAAGGUCAUCUUACGUUGCUCACGGCGAUCGAUUGGAACUAAACUAGUAUACCGACCAGUCAUAUAUCAAAUGGAGGGUCAAACACUUUCCGUGAACACGAGGAGCUUCGUUGUUAGCUUUUUCUCUGCUGUAAAAAGUCUCUUUCUUCGGGCCUGCACUGUUGUCUAGAAGCGAAAUUUAUCUUCAUGGAUGAUAGUCCUGGGAAGAUAAAGUUUAUUCCCGAUCACUUUAACGGUUCAGCAUCCAUUUCGGACUCUCCUCAAAACAGAACACCAUCUAGUUUAGACUCUCCUCAAAACAGAACACCAUCUAUUUCACAACUGAGAAGUGAUAAUUCUUUGAGGUCAUAUAGCCUUUUGUGGACUUGCAGAAAAUUGAGAAGUGCGGCACAUAUGCUGAAAUUAUUUAGUCUACGGGGGCUCCCUUGGAGCUCUGGUGCGGAUGGCCAGGAAAAGGUGGUGCUAACUGCUGCAGAAGUUGAAUCACUUAGAUCUGAGAUUGCUGAUUUAGAAGAGAGGGAAGCCCACUUAAAAGCUCAGUUAGAAAAUGUCGAUGAAAUUUUGCGGUCUGCCCGUCUCUCUGGCUAUUUGGACAUAAGAACUAGGUGGGCAGCACUACCAGGAGAACCUCCUCCCCUUGAUGACACUGAAGUUGAUGAUUGGCUUCCUCGAUUUAUUGUCCUGCAAGGGCCAUGUAUAUUUUUCUAUCUCAUUUCCACAGAUCUGAGUCCUCAGGAUUCCACCCUAUUAUCUGAUAUCACUGAAGUACGUCCCUUGCCAAGCUUUAUAAGAGAAGAUGAAGGAACUCGAUAUGCAUUCUAUAUCUUAACUCGUCAUGGAUUGAGAUACGAGUGCUCAAGUGCUUCUAAGAUUCAGGUGGAUUGCUGGUUGUCAGCAUUACAAAAUGACUGCAAAUUGGGAUCUGAUACAACAGCUUCCGGUGGAACAUGAUAUGUAUAUUUUCUUUAAUUUUACAAAUUAUAAGUUGUAUAUAGGUUGUAAUUUAGGAUUUAUAUGAAGAAUUUGUUAGUACAAAGUUUGACUAUGGUGUAGUGAAAUUCAUUCAUUAUAUCUCUUUGUAAAUGAAGUAGCAUCCAAUUCAGUAACAAACAACAUUAUUUCAGAAAUUCUAUACACAUCUUCCGAAAUAAAAUUGAUUCUACUUCUCACCAGCCUUAAAA